CGCAUCAGAAAUCUGAGGGGAGUAGAUGCAAAAUCAAGAGGUGGGGAAAAUCCCAAAUAAGGAGUUUAAAUCCAGUCCUCCAUCGGUCCAAUUGAAUCACUUCACAGCUCUCCUUCUGCGGAUUACAACUCCCCUAAUAACUCUUUUAGAAACACUCGAGCACUUUCAAGAUGGGCAACAAUAAAAUCUGCACUUUGUACUUCAUCAUACUUCUCAGCUUCCUUGUGGAAACCGAGUCUGCGAGUUGCUGUUUGAGUUACAUUAAGCGUCCCAGACGAUGUGCAAUUCUGAAAGGAUAUGAUAUUCAAGGCAUAACUGGAGGUUGUGAUCUUCCUGCAAUCAUUUUCCACACCGAGAAAGGAAGAUCAAUCUGCGCGGAUCCAUCACAAACCUGGACGCAAGAACGAGUCAAAUGCCUAAAGAUGAAGGCAGAAAGAAUGAAGUCGACGAGCAGUUUGACCAGUAUAUUUUAAGGCAAAAACUCUAUAAUUACUUUAUUAAGAUAAUAUAUUCUUUAUAUUGACAUUAUGUAAUUGCACUACUUGUACUCUAUGGUAAGAGUUUGUUUUGUUUUAAGAAGUGUUUUUGUUUGUCUUAUUUUUUUGUCUUAUACUUUUAUUUGUUUUUAUUUUAUAAGUUCACGUUCACGUUUUUUACUUAUCCACAUACUAUUUAAAUGUUUCAUAUAUAUUUCUAAAUGUUACAUAUAUAAGACUUACGUAUUUACGGAUUCUGCCAUUCACAAAGAGUGUUUUGUGUUUUGGUCUUUAUUAUUGGUAAAUGUACGACCGCUUUUGGUUAAUCAGUGCUGCCCUCUUCUGUUUAAAACAUGGCAGUAUAUGACAGUAGGAAUUUUUUUUUUUCCACUUGAGUGACAUUAAAUAAACAAUUGUGCAGCUGUAUAAAUAUAUUGGUUUUGUUUUCUGUUACAUUUCACGUUUUUUGUUGUAUUUUUAAAUAAAAGUCUUUAACUUCAA